AUGUACCCUGGUGACAGCUGUGUUUGGGCCACCUCACUGUGGGGAUUAGGCUCUGACAAACAUCUCUUUCUUCUGUGGCUGAGGCUCCACCACCCCCGCCAUCACCUCCAGUGUCCUGUAAUGUUUGACGGGGCGAGACACUUGUGUGAACACACGGUGGAGGAGAGGGUGGAGCGGGUUCUUUCCCCGCGUCUGCAGCUUGAAGUGAGCUGCUCAGAGGUGUAUCAGUUCAACACCCAGGGUUGGAGACUAGAUGUGGACAGGAUGCGCGUCAAGCAUGGAGGUGACGAUGGCAUCGCACUGUACUACAAACAACAGGGUCCAAAGGCAUCCUGUUUCGUGUACAAACUCCCAGAGAUACAGAACCUGAUGGUAAACAAAACCGUGAAGGCCUGCUGUGAGGGCUGGGGCGGACCACGCUGCUCUGAGGGUGUGGGUGCACGUGGCCAGUGCUUUUCCACAUGGAGUUGUGAUGCAUUCCCUGGUGUUCAUAACGCCUCUCUCAUGCCGAUGGAGCAGUGCUGCAGCAGCCUAUGGGGGCUCAGCUGGAGGAAUGCGUCCGACCAGACCUGCUUGGCAUGCACCUACACACUUCUUCCUGUAAUUGUGUCUGAUAGUAGGAGCUGGCCAGCAUGGACUCUGUCUGUUUCCCCAGUGGAUCCUACUCCAGUCCAGUCUCCAAAUCCGAACCUGUCUCCUCACCUCUCCCGACCAGAGGGGUUUUCUGGGGAUUCCGGUGAUUGUCGGGCUUUCUUGGCUCAGUGCGGCCUCCACUUUGAGCUCCAGGCUGCAUGCUACCCAUCUGAGCGCUCAAGGGUGGCAUACAUCAUCUCCCACCUUUCUGGCAGAGCUGAGGCUUGGGCGAUGGCAGAGUGGGUGCAAAGGUCUCCUGUUUGUGACUCCCUCGAUCUCUUCACUGAGACCUUCACCAAUAUCUUCCAGCAAACCACACAAGGGAGGGAGGCAGCCAGAGCACUCGUUGGGUUGCGCCAGGGUAAACAGAGGGUUUCUGACUAUGCUAUCAAGUUCCGUACCCUGGCAGGGGACAGUGACUGGAACCAACAAGUAUUGUUUGAUGCUUUCCGUUAUGGAUUGUCCGGCACAUUAAAAGAUCAGUUAGCUCCUCUUGAGCUUCCAGCUGAUUUGGACUCCCUAAUUUCAUUGACUAUUAAGAUUGACAAGCGACUGUUAGAGAGGGAGAGAGAGAGAGAGAGGGACUGCGAUUCCCUGUUUCUCCCACAAGAGGCAGUCUUCGCCCAGCUCUUCGUCCUCAUGGAAUCACCCCAGGACCUGGCUUCCGUUUACAGCGCCUCGCCUCUGUCGCCUGCUGUUCCGGAGGAGCCCAUGCUGACUCCUGAAGAGCGACAGCGCCGCCUGUGGGAGGGGAGGUGCUUCUACUGUGGUGAACGGGGACACUCAAUCGCCUACUGUCGCUGA